AAUGGUGCUGCAGCAGCUCCAGUCCAACAGGAGCCUGCGCGGCUUCCAGGCGCCGUGGAACUCCACCGCCACCCGGAACGUCUCCUAUCGCUGCCUCGCCGGCUUCCCCCCAGCCAGGAAGAAGUUCCUCACGGUGGGGCUGUCGUCGGUCAAGCGGAAGCGAGGCAACUACCUCCUGUCCACACUGGGAUCCAUCUUCAAGCAGUCAACCCGCAAGGAGCUGAAGGAGAUGGUGGUGGUGGUGCACCUGGCAGACCCGGACUUGGAGUGGAACGCCAGGAUGGUGGGGGACAUUACUGCGCAAUUCGCUCCGCAGCUCCUUCGGGGCCAGCUGCUGGUUAUCCAUGCCCCUGAGGAGUUCUACCCGCCCCUGGAAGGCCUGAAGAGGAACUACAACGAUGCUGAGGACCGAGUGCACUUCAGAUCCAAGCAGAACGUGGACUACGCUUAUCUCCUCAGCUUCGCGGCCAACCUCUCCUCCUACUACCUCAUGAUCGAGGACGACGUGCAGUGCUCCAAGUCCUUCUUCACCUCCAUCCGGAAGGCUGUGGCGUCCCGGGAGGGCUCCUACUGGGUCAUGCUGGAGUUCUCCAAGCUGGGCUACAUUGGCAAGCUCUACCACUCCAGUGACCUGCCUCAGCUGGCCCAGUUCCUGCUGCUGUUCUACCAGGAAAUGCCUUGUGACUGGCUGCUGGGGCACUUCCGCCUGCUGCUCACCCAGAAGGAGGUGAUUCGCUUCAAGCCGUCCCUCUUCCAGCACAUCGGCCUCUACUCCUCCUUCCAGGGGAUGGCCAACCACCUGAAAGACGAUGACUUUGAGGUAGACUCCUUGGACCUGCCUGACAACCCUCCGGCGUCGAUGUUCACAGACAUGGACGUCUUUGAGGACUACCUGCCCAGCAAGGCCUACAGCACGAUGCCGGAGUACUUCUGGGGCAAAGCCCCGUCUGCCGGGAGACACUUCACCAUCGUGUUCCACCAGCCGGCCCGUAUUGCGCGGCUCCAGGUCCACACUGGCUCUGAGGCACGUCGCACCGACUACCUCCGCGCGGGGGCUGUCGAGCUGGGCAGCCGGCGUCUGGAGAGCGGCAAGGGCUGCUCUGCGUACACCCGCAUCGGCACCUUUGAGAAGGGACAGUUUGAGCAGAGGGGCUUGGAGAGGAGCGUGGCCUCCGCUCCGGAGUGCGUGCGGAUCCUCGUGACGGAGAGUCAGAGCGAAUGGCUGAUCAUCCGCAGCAUCAGCAUCUGGACCCAACCAAGCAACUAAGCGAGGCACGGGGACAGAGGCGUGGCUGGUGACUCGCACGGCAGGGAGCUCACCUCUUCUCAGGGGCAGCCACGCCCGCGUAGAACCUGUGCGCACAGUGCGGAGGGCAGCUCCGUCCGUGGCAGG